UAGCAAAAUGUCCCACGAUGAGGUUGAAGUACAGGAGAAAUUCCUCCAGGAUAAUAGCCAAGCAAAUGGCAAGAAAUCUAAAGAUUUACCUAAAGAAAUUACUUGUGGCAUUUGGCACUUUAAAGGAUCCAAAUUACAAAGAUUUGCCACUGAGAAUAUGUUUAUGGUGUUGUAUGGGAUAGCUGGUUGCUUUUUAGCCAUGGCUUUCUCAUAUUCCAAUGGCACUAUCACAACAUUGGAGAAACGUUUCAAGAUACCCACCAAAAUAUCGGGACUCAUUUCAGUGGGAAAUGAUAUAAGUUCAGUGUUUAGUUCAGCAUUUUUGGCCUACUAUGCUGGACGAGGACAUCGUCCUAGAUGGAUAGCAGUGGGUCUACUCUUUAUGUUUGCUUUCUGUUUGAUGACGGCUCUGCCACAUUUUCUUUAUGGCGCUGGCGAGGAUGCUUUGAAGCUGGCCCAACAUUUAGAUACUUUGAAUUCCACCAAAGCAAAUGCCGAGGAUCUAAUGCUAUGCCAUAGGAAUUCGACCAGCCAAUGUGAAAUGAAAGAAACGAGUGCAUCAGUGCCCAUCAUUUUGCUAUUUAUGGCUCAGUUUAUAUCUGGCAUUGGUGGUGCUUUAUUUUUCACUUUGGGACUCCCCUAUAUGGAUGAUAAUUCAUUGAAAUCCAAGACGCCUUCAAUGCUGAGUUGGUCUGCCUUCUUGCGGAUGCUGGGACCAGCUGCUGGCUAUUCCCUGGCCUCCUUUUGCCUCCGUCUCUAUAUUGAUCCAUGGGAAGUGCCAUCGAUAAAGAAUUCCGAUCCCCGUUGGCUGGGAGCUUGGUGGUUGGGUUGGCUAAUUUUGGCCGUGACUAUGUUAAUUUCAGCAAUUGUUAUUUACAUGUUUCCCAGAGAGUUGCCCAGUGCCCAUGCUCGACGUUUGAAAUCCCAAGGAGAGUCCGAAAAGAAGGAGGCCACAGCUGAGCUGUCGCUGGCCGGAAUGAUGCAGUGCCUCAAGCGUUUGUCCAAGAAUCGGGUCUAUGUAUGCAAUACAAUUGCAUCGACUUUUUAUGUCUUUGGCUAUCUGCCCUAUUGGAUAUUCACGCCCAAGUACAUUGAGACACAGUACAGACAAACGGCAGCUACUGCCAGCAUGGCAACUGGACCAGUUGCUCUAGGAUUCUCUGCAGCCGGAGUCCUGCUUACUGGUUUUGUGCUGUCAAAGUAUAAACCAAGUGCCAGAUGGAUGGCUGCUUGGAAUGGCAUUGUGGAUGUACUGACUAUAGCCGGAAUCCUGUGCUAUGUGGCCAUUGGUUGUGAGGAGAGUGAUCGGGCCAAUACCCUAUCGUCAUUGACCUCCAAAGCAGACAAUUGCAGUUUGUCCUGCCAUUGUGAUUAUGUGCCCUAUUCACCGAUUUGUGGAUCACAGAACUUUACCUAUAUAUCAGCCUGUCAUGCGGGUUGCCAGCACAAAGAGAUUGAUGCAAUGGGUCGCACAAUCUAUACCGAUUGCAAGUGCAUGCCAUCGGUAGCAAUAGACAUUAAGGAUGCAGGAGAUCCUCAGUUGCCCUUUGCAGUGGAUGGUCCUUGUCCAGUGGAUUGUCAGCGACAAUUUCUUAUUUUCAUGGUUGUAAUGUGUCUUCUCAAAUUUAUUGGAUCCACUGGACGUGUCACUAAUCUACUCCUGGCUCUACGUUGUGUUCCACCUGAAGACAAGACCUUUGGUCUUGGAUUUGGCCACGUCGUUGUUUCAAUCUUUGCCUUAAUACCCAGUCCCAUUAUAUUUGGUUGGAUUUUGGAUUACUAUUGUCUGGUCUGGGGCAAGACCUGCUCGAACAAAGGCAAUUGCUGGCUCUACGAUACCAGAUCUUUAAGAUAUGUCAUGAAUUUGAUAUCUGCCACAUUUAUAUUCCUGGGAUGCUUUGGCAAUAUUGCCGUUUGGUAUUAUGCCAAGGAUUUGGAAAUAUUUGAUGAGAAUGAAGGCAAGCCAAAGGAGCCAGAAGAAUUGGAACUGAAGGAUAAGGAAGAUAUUAUGUUAGAAUAAAGAAGAAUUAUAGUUAAAUUUCGUUUGUUUUGAUUUGAUAAGCUAAAAGUAAAGUAAA